AUGGCAGAAUAUGACCCUUUAGUUUCUGAUACUGCAAGAAGCUUAACAGAAGACACUUUAGCAUCUCAUGAAAAAAACGAAAUGGAGAGCAUGCUAACAAUCUUGACGUGUGGAGACGCCCAAGAUGUUUUUAUUAUAAUCCAACAAAUCAGAAAAAUGCUUUCAACUGAGAAAAAUCCGCCAAUACAAGAAAUUCUUGACUUAGGUGUCUUGCCUACUUUAGCUGAUCUUUUUGCUGUGAAUCAAUUUAAAAGAGAUAUAGCAUGAAUUAUAUCAAAUAUUGCGUCAGGAAACCAAAUGCAAUGUCAUCAAGCUGUACAAGUAAAUUCAAUUGAUAUAUUUUGUCAGUGUCUUAAUAGCGGAAAAGAAGAUUUAGUUGUACAAGGAAUGAUGGGAUUAGGGAAUAUUGCGGGAAAUGACGCUCAUUGUAGAGAUCAAAUUUUAAUUCCUGAAGUUAUAGAAAAAAUUAGUGAAAUUAGAGAAAAUGCAAGUGAAGAGUUCAGACACGUCCACUGCUGACUGAUUUCGAAUUUAUUGAAUUUUAAGCCAAUUCCUGGGGAGCCUCUCACAGAAAAAUUAUUGCCUGUAAUUAAAAAAUAUUAUGAUAGUAAUGAUGAAGAAAUGAUAGGAAAUGCAGCUUGAGCCUUAUUUAGGCUGCUUCAGAAUGAAGAGGAUGCAGAAAUGAUUGUAAGAUCUGGGGUGAUCCCUAAAACAAUUACAUUAAUUAUGAGUCCUGAUCAAAAGAUUUCAAAUGCUUCUUCCAAACUUAUAAAAAAAAUUCUGAAAAUCACGGGUAAAUUUAAUGAAUAUUUGAUUGGAGAAGGAAUUUUAAAUAUAAUCCCAAGGUCAAUAAAAAAUAAAAACCAGCAUAUAAGGAAAGAUACAGUCGAUAUUUUAUCAAAAUUGUGUGAAAAUAAUACAAAUGCUGCUUAUUCAGUUAUUUCACUAGGAAUAUUGAAUAGAAUUAUUGAAAUGGCUUUAAAGGAUAUAAAAGAAAUCAGAAAUGGCUGCAUAAAGACACUUUGCAAUAUCGCGUUAUCAGAAAAUGAUAUAGAAUAUAGCUAUAAUUUUUAUAUUUUUUGCUGAAAAUUAUUUUUUUAUUAAAAUAAAAUCAGGAUUACCAGAAAAAUAUUUUUUUCAAAUUUAAUGAAAAAUUCUAUAUCAUUCCUAUAAUGAUGACCGAAGAUUUUUUCCCAGCUUUACUAUGUGUUUUCAGAGGAAAUUUCCAAAAUUUAUAUGAGCUCACAAUUAAAACCUUUAAAGCCACUUUUGAUUAUCUUGAAGAAGCAACAGGACACGAAAGUGCUAUAAUCGUAUACAAGAAUUUCGAAGAACAAGGCGGGGUCACCCAUCUUGAAAGAAUCCUUACAUCAGCAGAUGGCUCUUUAUUAAAAGAAAUUGAGAUCCUAAACCAUAUGUUAAACAGAUAUAAAUAA